AAUCCAGUGAUCGAAGGUUGCGACAUUUUAUAUAAGUCUCGCCACUUUCUGCCCUGGCACAGCCGAUCCCUCCACCAGCGAACUCAUUGCUGUCAGUCUCCUCCCCCAUCACACACACACACGCACACUCUGUUGCAGCGCCAGCCGUGCGUGACGCGCACCAACAAUCAAGCGACUCCGGGGUACGAUGACGAUGGAGACUAGGCUGUACCAAGCUGUCGUCUGCUUGCUGUUUGCUGUGGCCACUUCCGCUGGGUGGACGCGAUCGCUCAACAGGAAGGCAUUACAAGCUGAAGAGAUCUACUCGUACCCGUGGGUCCCCUCCCGCAGAAGCGAGUUCGCUACGUGCGCCAGGACCAAUGAGCGGUGCGUGUCCACUGCUCAGUGCUGCUAUGACCAUGACGUGUGUGUGUCCACAGUGAUGCCCUUCAAAAAGUACGAUCUGUUUGGAGUGGAACAUAGCCGGCGAGGAUUCUGCCAAGAUAUGCGAAAGGUGGAUAAGUAUUCAAGGCACCUGAAACCUUCAGGUCAGCAAUGCCAGGACAGCAUGGAGUGCCGAGACCACUGCUGUCGGGAGGUGCGCGGCUUCCGGUCACGUUACUACGUGUGCGGCACACCUGCCGAUGACGCACUGGCCUACACCUGCAUCAAGGCGGCUCGCUCGGAGAACGACGUCCUCGACUACCUGGUCUAGAGUAGGUCACGUGCGAGGUCACGUGAACGUCUCAGCGUGACGCUACUUCCGUCUGUCGUCCGGUUUUCAUUUUCUUGUCUGUUCUACCUAACGCUGACGUUGUGACUCAUUGGCUGUUCGCAGAUUUGCAGUUUUCAGUCAUAACCGAAAGUUAGAAUGUUCCUGCAAGCAGCUUACAAAUACUUACAAAAGCCUGCAGACAUUUUGAGUUCUUAGUCAUCACUUUAGACCAACACAACGGUUGUGUGAUUCAAAAUAAGCAUUUUUAUGCAUGGUCUUCCUACCCUGAAAAAAAAAAAAAAACAACCACCAGGAGAAAAUUCUCGUUUUUCAUGUAUGGAGAGAAAGAUUAACCAGUUUACUAUCAUCCCGAUUGUGAAGCUAGGGCGAUUCUUAGUAGAGUAGCGAGUGAACAGCCACAUCUUGUGUUACUGAACUCAAGCAAUUUGUUGCUUUUUAAAAAAAUUUCUGCCAUACUGUUAUUGUUAUGUUAACAAUAAGAAAACUUUGCAUUGAGCUAGGUCUGUGACGUCAGCGACUAGUCCGUCGUUAGCACGAGUCUGUCUCUGUGAUAAGACACCCGUUCAGGAACCGAGUUCAUAGAUGUCUUUCAUCCAAGUGUAUUCCAAACACGUUCACAGGCUGUUGCUGUAUUUACAGGCAAUCUUUUUCAUGCAUGGAGUUCAACCAGGAAAUAAAUGUCGUUCGAAAAUAAAA